GGAUACCAACCUAACCGACGAUAUGGCCAGACCCUGAUUAAAGGGUCCCCUGCUAUCCUCUUUCCAGGCCGAGUCUGUGCAUAUUGUCACAUAUUUCCGUAGUUUAAAAUCAUCCGCAAAGAUGAUAAAUAGUCUCUUUAUCAUAAACUCUUCGGGCGAUGUCUUCAUGGAGAAACACUGGAAGAGCGCGGUCGCGCGUUCACUCUGCGACUAUUUCUUCGAUCAGCAGCGGCGAGUCUUGUCCCCGGAGGACACGCCGCCGGUGAUAGCUACUCCGCAUCAUUAUCUCAUCAGCAUAUAUCGCUGUAACAUGUUCUUCGUGGCGGUGUGCAUGACAGAGGUUCCACCAUUAUUCGUCAUUGAAUUCCUGCACAGGGUGGUGGAUACCUUCGAGGAUUAUUUCAGCGAGUGCACGGAAACCAUUAUAAAAGAAAACUAUGUGGUGGUGUACGAGCUGCUGGACGAGAUGCUGGACAACGGUUUCCCCCUGGCGACAGAGUCCAAUAUUUUGAAAGAGCUGAUCAAGCCACCGAAUAUUUUGCGCACCAUAGCAAACACUGUCACAGGCAAAUCCAACGUUAGCGCGAUCCUGCCAAGUGGACAACUAUCUAACGUUCCUUGGAGACGAACUGGAGUGAAGUAUACCAACAAUGAGGCUUACUUCGAUGUUGUCGAGGAAGUAGAUGCGAUUAUUGAUCGAACUGGGGCGACGGUGUUUGCGGAAAUUCAGGGCUACAUUGACUGUUGUAUAAAACUAAGCGGUAUGCCAGAUCUCACCCUUUCAUUUAUGAAUCCAAGACUGUUCGACGACGUGAGCUUCCAUCCUUGCGUUCGAUUCAAAAGAUGGGAGUCGGAGAGAAUACUCUCGUUCAUUCCGCCCGACGGCAACUUUCGCCUCCUUUCGUAUCACAUCGGAUCGCAAAGCAUUGUGGCAAUUCCUAUAUACGUGAGACACAAUAUCAGUUUGAAAGAACCGGGCGGUGGUAGAUUAGACAUAACUGUUGGGCCAAAGCAGACCGUGGGUAGGACAGUUGAAAACGUGACUCUAGAAAUCCCAAUGCCAAAGAUAGUUUUGAACUGCACCCUAACUCCGAACCAAGGAAAAUAUUCGUUCGAUCCCGUCAGCAAGAUAUUGCUGUGGGAUAUCGGAAGAAUCGACGUUUCCAAACUGCCAAAUCUCAGAGGAUCGAUCACAAUACAAAAUUCGACAACCGUCACCGAGUCGAAUCCUGCCAUCAAUGUGCAUUUUACGAUCAACCAAUUAGCGGUAUCUGGAUUGAAGGUGAAUCGAUUAGAUAUGUAUGGCGAAAAGUACAAGCCAUUCAAAGGUGUCAAAUACAUCACUAAAGCUGGCAAAUUUCAAAUAAGAAUGUAAAUACGACCAAUGCUAAAAUGUUACGAAUUAUCCUUUUAACUUUAUGUUAGAUUAUGUGCAUUCUUAUAUUAUUACAUCACAAAUUGAACGUUGCGAAUUUACAUGACAUUAAAAGUAUACCUUGCAGCUUCGUUCAUUACUUAAUUUACUGUACAAAAAUAAUAGACAUUAAUAUAGAAUUAUGUAGAAUAAAUCUUUAAACUGAGAAGUCAAACAUCUGUAAAAUAUAGUAUGAAACGAGAUCGCGUGCGAGGAGGAAUAAGUUACAGUUUUAUUUUAAUAAAAGUCUACUGUAAAACUAAAGAAUAAUCGAAGAAUAAAGUAUAUAUCAAGACCA